CCUCGGUGCCCGCUGUCCUGGGGCAGUAUAAAAACAGGCCGGCAGCCUCUUGCUGGGCUUCUACUCAGUUCAUCCCCAGAAGCAGUGGCUCCAGGAACAGAGGUGCCGCCAUGCGUCCCUGGCUGCUCCUGGUUGUCACCCUCCUGGCGCUCCUGGCCUCUGCCCGAGCAAUGGAGGCCGAGGACCCCAAGGACGCCUCCCUUCUCAGCGUCAUGCAGGGCUAUGUGCAACACGCCACCAAGACGGCCCAUGACGCGCUGAGCAGCAUGCAGGAGUCCCAAAUGGCCCAGCAGGCCAGGGGCUGGGUGGACGCUGGCAUCAGCUCCCUGAAAGGCUACUUGAGCACGUUUGCGGACAAGUUCUCUGGGUUCUGGGACCUGAGCCCUGAGGCCAGUCCGACCCAGGCGUCUGAGGCUGUCUGAGACCUCAGCACCCGCAGUCUGCCUGCCCAUCCGUCCCGCCGUUGCCCUGGCUCCCGUGGGCUCCAGAGCUGUCCCCACGCGUGGCUUGAAGGGACAGUAACCUCAGUGCCCCCUCGCCCCCCCCCCCCGACCUGGCUCACUUCCAAGCAUACUGCCUCCCAAUAAAGCUGGACGAGAAGCCGCGGA